AUGGCGUGUCACUUCAAGCCAAGUACUGCUGGCUUCAGAUCCCUCGCCAGCGCCGCCCGAUCCUCUCCCGUGAAGUCGCCGCGCUCGUCCUCCUUGCACACAGCUACCUCCCCGAUACAACGGUUAUCAAGAACCUCACCACUCAGCGUCUCCGGCCCUCUUCGAAACCAAACACCCAAGGCCCUAGCCAUCACCGCCGUCCGCCAUGCAUCCUCGUCCGCGCCUACCUCCAGUCAGCCCGACAUCCCCAAAGACGUCUUGACAUGGGACCGAUUCUUCAACAUCCGCCGCAAGCGACGCUACGUCAAUCUCGGCGCAUCCGUCAUGACUGGCGGCGGCGCCCUCCUGGCUCUGGGGCCCGUUCUCGCCCAGCAAGACAUUGAUGCAUGGGCGGCGCAAGUCUCCGGCUUGGAUCCCAUGAUGGUGCUGGGGAUUACGGGGAUAGCAAUCGCUGCGGGUGGGUGGCUCUGUGGACCGACCUUCGGCAAUGGUUUGUUCAAAGUAUGGGCGGCGAGGAAAGGAUGGAACCAUUCAAUUGCUGAGAAAGAAAAGUCCUUCUUUGCUCGCAUCAAACGCUACCGUGCGGAUCCGGCGUCGUCGAGCAUUCAAAAUCCAAUCCCUGAUUACUACGGCGAGAAGAUUGCUUCCGUCAAGGACUACAGGAGAUGGUUGAAGGAUCAGCGUGCCUUCAAUUUGAAGAAGAACAAGAACAUGAUCUGA